AUGACAACAACGACGGACCACCGCACCGCACCCCACGUCGCUCGUCUCGACACAUCAGCCAAAGAACCUGUCGAUACCGUGGCGACAGAGAAGGCCGAGGCUGAUCUCGAGAUCGACGGCGAGGAAGCAGCCGCGCCUCUCCAGUCGCUGCCGCUCAAAGAUCUGAUGCAGCUCACCGAUAUCGAGAACAUUGUUCAGCAGCUGCGGAUUAUCCAGGAGGAGGAGUCGCAGCUCGACAACUCGCUGGAUGCGUUCCUGCAAGAAAAGCCGUCCAGAAUCAAGGCAGCCCUCCAGCCGAUAGAGCCGCUUGGCCAUGCGGUUGUUCAGCUCAAGAGCCAGGCGUCGGUCCUGGCCGAGCGCAUCCACCGUACAACCCAUCUGGCGGACCGCAUUUCCUCAAAGGUCCGAGAGCUGGAUCUUGAGCAGUCCAACAUCCAGAAGACGAUUCAGGUCGUCAAUGAUCUACAGGAUCUCAAGCAAUGUGCGGCUGGAGCCAAAGCUGCGAUGGACCAGCAUGAUUACGACCAGGCAGCGCGAUUUGUAUCAAAAUACCUUGGGUUCGAUGCCAGUAUCAAGUCGUCCCCCAUUCUGGAGAGCCCAUAUCUGUAUCCACCGCUUCAAGGUCGGGACUACAGCGUCCCCGAUGAAUCGGUCGCCACUGCCAACUCGACGAGCCAAACGAGCCCCGCCGCAACAAUGAAGGAUAUCCGGUCAAAGCUACUGGCAAUCUUUGUCGAGGGAUUUGACGGUGCCAUGCUGAAGCAGGAAGAUGCCGAGAUUGUCAAGUAUUUCAAGUGGUUUUCGUUGAUUGGAGAAGCCCCGCUUGGGUUGGACCGCUACUCGUCGUAUCUGUGCAGCGGAAUCAGACGAAAGUGCCAGGAUGCCAUCAAGUCGUCACUGGAUGGAUCGUCGCAGUUCUCGGAUUUGCUGACGUUUCUGUUUGAAAGCAUUGCCAACAUUGUCGACCGACAGGAGACUUUCAUAACGCAGUUCGGCGGCCCCGGCGCGAUGCUUCAAAUCACCAACCGUCUCGAACGCGAAGCCAAUGUCCAGAGCGCCAUUUUGUUUGAGCAGUUUUUCGAAAAGAGGCAAGUCCAGCGCAAGGUACAGGAGGUCCAAAAGAAAGGAAAGUUCCCUCUCAAUCUAAGCGACAUCAACGUCGAAGUACGUGAGGUCGAUCUCAUUUUGAAUGAGAUGGCGAUCGCGCGCCAAAGGGCCGGUUUGUUCAAACGAUUCAUUGAGACACGAACACAGAUUUAUGGCGAGCAAGCCGCAACGGUCCCAAGCCAGGCAUCCGACCAAGGCGGUGCAGGACACAGUAUUGGAACCCUCAGUCAAAAGCUCUCGAAUAUGAUGAGCGCCUUUCAGAUUCUGGAUGAGUACUUCAUCCGCAAUCGAAUUGAAAAGGCUCUCAAAAUCGACGAAUACGAAACAGGCAGCGCAAUAUCUACUUGCGUGGACGAUGUUUUCUACAUCAUCCGCAACUGUUUCAGCCGAGUUGUCAGCACCCACGACGCACGGGCACUUGGGGAGUUUGUCAAAUCCACGAGCCAUGUGAUUGAGAUGGACUAUAUCACCAACCUGCAAAAGAAGCUCGUCAAUGGCCUUGGGAGCCAGGUUGUCGGACAAAACGACAAGGACCGUCUGGGAUAUAUGGUACGGCAACGAUCGCCUCGAAAGCUCCCUCGCAUCACCCUAAAUAACCUUGAUGUUAGCCGCGAUUAUCUUGUCAAGAUCAUGCACGAACUCGAGCAGCAGGUCGACCAAACCCACGGCCCAGGCUCCUCGGGCAGCGCGGAUCUCGAGCGUAUGAAGAAGCAUAUGGGCGGUUUUGUCGACUGCUGCAACUUGUUCAAGACGGUGCUGCAGACAUGGAUCGACAAUCUCUUCAACCAACUGGUCAAGCCCAAGAUCAAGCCACUCCUUACGGACAUGUAUCAAACCUACAGAUAUAACCUGACCGAAGACGAGUACCGGUCCUACGACACGAGCGAGGAGGCGCAGUUCAAGUUCCAGUCUGCCAUGAGCAAGUUGAUGCAGCCGUUCAGGUCGACGCUGACUGCAGGCAACCUCAACCAACUGAUGACACACGUCGUCGAGGUGCUAGCCAAGGAAUGGGAGCGCAUCCUCAUGAACAUGAAGUUUACUCUGCUUGGUGGCCUGCGGUACGAAAAGGAUCUCCGGGCCAUCACUGCCUUCCUUCUGGCUCAAACCUCCGCCGGCAGCGGAAUCGGCAAUGCGCCGCAUCGCGAGAAGCUUUCGCGGCUCUAUCAGAUCUCCAAUCUGAUGAACCUCGAGAGCCCUGGUGAAAUUUACGACUGCUGGGGACCCAAGAUGGGCCCAAUGGCGUGGAGAAUGACUGGUGCGGAAAUCCGAAGAGUCCUGUCGCUGAGGUAA